GCCAACCCGUUGCACCUUAUUUGUGGAGGGGAAUUCCAGUUUUAUUUUUAGCACUCUCUGGGCUGAGCGAAGAGAGAGACAUCUAGUCUCAGCUGAUAUCAACUGUACAGACAUAACGUGUUGCUGAGGGGUCAUCUCCAAGGACAAAAUGUCGGACAGAAAACGCCUGUAUAAAGUUCCCAAGGAGACGUACACGUUCUGUGGUAACCAGGUGGAAAUCUGGGAGGAGCUGGCGGCUUGCGGGGAGGGCGCAACUGUCUGGGAGUCGGGUGAGACGAUGAGCAGGUAUCUGGAGCAGUCCGGGCUGGACCUGGAGGAUAAGGUGGUGCUCGAGCUGGGCUCGGGAACGGGACUGGUCAGCAUCGUGGCAAGCCUGAUGGGUCAGCAACCUUACUAGCUUUAUCUCUGCUUC